AUGCGUCGCAAGGUCGGAAAGGGAGUCCUGCUCACUGCAGGCUUCUCGCUCCUGCUCACCUGCGUCUUCUACUUGGCACACGAUGGCGUCCUGCAUAACUCGAGGAUCAUCGGCUGGCAAGCAUACACCGCCAUCGAUCUGCGACCACUCAAGUCCAAAGGCUCCUCCGCUGUGUCGGAUGCUGUGACCGCUGACACCGACAACAGCACCCACCCGUCCGUCGCAUCGUCGUCCGGCUCCUCCGCUCAGUACGACGACAUCUACCCCCUCGACUUCUACGCGCCACUACUUCCGAACCCCGCGCCCAUCACAGAGAUCACCGUCAAGUCUUGUCUACCGCUCACCAGAUGCCAGCCCAAGACCACGCCGGCCGAAGAUGCUUUGCUCGGCAAAUGGGUUCAGGUGGACCGCAGCCUCAGCCCCGCAGGUCAGAUGAGCGCUUCCGCUGGAGGCAUGCUCACCAACAUUUUUGGCAGCAUCGAGCAGCGCUUCCUCUUCUACCGCAAAUCCAGGCGGCGCGACGUCCAGAAUGUCGUCGAAAUCCGUCUCGUCGAGGAGGGCGAGCCGCACCCCUCGGGUGAUGACGGCUGGCACAGGGUCAAGACCGGCCUGCGCUCCAAAGUGGUCAAGAUGAUGGCAGGCGAAAAGAGUUUGCACCUCUACUACCGCACCAAGUCUCCUGCCCAGUACGAGCAGGAAAAGCUCGGAUUCUGGAAGGAGAAGCGUGCUCCAUUGACCUCUGGGCCCUUUGACCCGAUCACCGAGCUCGAUCUCGUCUACGGCGACAACCCGCCCUGGCCCGGUUUUGAGAGCGCAGGCGUGGUGUCGCAUCCGCACUCUGCCAUCGGGUCGUCACAGAUCUCACUGUCAUUCCGCCGCAAGCCCAUGCGCAAGCCUCCGCUCGAGCCGCUCAAGUUCCGCCCCGACGGCACGUUCAAGAUCCUCCAGCUCGCCGACCUGCACUUUUCCGUCAACCCCGAGCCGUGUCGCGACACCAACGAGAAGGAUCCGCGCUGGGCAGCGCGCGGGUGUCUGUCCAAGAACGACACGCUUGCGCUUGUCGAUGCGUGGCUCGACUCGGAGAAGCCCGACAUGGUCGUGCUCACCGGCGACCAACUGAAUGGCCAGGGCACCUCGUGGGAUCCGCGCAGCGUCCUCUCCCUCUAUACGGCACCGCUGAUCAAGCGCCAGAUUCCCUACGCCGUCAUUCUGGGGAAUCACGAUAGUGAGGCUGGCUCACUUACGCGCGAAGAACAGAUGCAGCUCAUUCAGAACAUGCCUUACUCGUAUAGCCUCGUUGGACCAGCGCUCGUCACAGGCGCUGGCAACUACUAUCUCAAGCUGCACAGCCCAGGGAAUGACCGGACGCACGUGGCGACGCUGUGGUUCAUGGACUCGGGCACACACGCCGACAAGGACAAGUGGAAGCCCUGGACCAAGCCGGGCUACGGCUACAUCCGCAAGGACCAGCUCGACUGGUUCGAGGCCAAGUACACCGCGAUCAAGCAGACUCUUCAGCCGUACCGGCCUGAUGGCGCGCAGGACUUGGGGCCGCAGUGGCGACGUCGCUCUUCACCCAAGCGCGCGGACAAAGAGUGGGAUGCGGGAGCGGAUCAGAACCAGGCGCUGGGUCGGCCACCUUCGGUGCUGUUCAUGCACAUUCCCGUGCCGGAAGCAUUCAACCCCGUGGAUCACGGAGCGCUACCGCAGGUGCAGAACCCCACGGGCGCGACGGGAGCGAGUGUGGGCAGGCAGGAGAUGGUUGUGGGCAGUCGGAAUGAGACAGCGACAUUCGAGGGGGCACAGGCACAGCCGGGCAUCUUUGACCUCGUCACCUCGCUCAAUCGCGCCCCGCCUGGUGUGCGGUUGCUGGUGCACGGACAUAUGCACCUCAACUCCGACUGUCGCCGCGUCAACAACGUGUGGAUCUGCUUUGGAGGCGGUGCUUCGUACGCCGCGUACGGUAAGGCAGACAUCCAGCGCCGUGCACGUGUCAUCGAGUUCAGGGAGUGGGGCAAGGACAUCUGCACCUACCACCGCAUCGCAUCUAGCGACCCCGCAUCUUCAUCACAGCGCUUUGACGACUUUGUACUUCCCUACUCGAGCUAG